AUAUAUUUGCUCCGUAUGAAAGUAAUUUAUUUCCGGUUUGAGACACGUAUCGAUUUUCGCACAUUUUUGAAAGAUUUAUCGCUUAAAUAUGACGUUCCUCACUUCAUGGGAAGAAUUUUCGAAAGCAGCAGAACGACUUUAUACUAAUGAUCCUGCUAAAUGUCGAUUUGUUACAAAAUACAGACACUGUGAUGGGAAACUGGAGGUCAAGGUCACAGAUGAUUCAGUGUGUUUGCAAUACAGAACAGAACAUGCCCAAGAUGUGAAAAAGCUUGAAAAACUAACCAGUCAGUUAAUGAGACAUAUGGCAUCGAAGGAGAAAUGAGUGCUACAUUUGAUUUUCAUAUUUCGAUUUCAUUUUAAUUUAUAAGAUUGAUCAUGGAUAACCUGAAACAGAAUUCUUCAUUGAGGAUUAGGAAGCUGGAGCUCCUUUGGAAUAUCUAUUUCAGUGUAGUGACAUGUUACAAUGUGGUAACUGUUUUGAAUUUGAUACAUCUAGAACUGGGAAGUGAAUAUCACUUUUGGAGUCAUCAAGAACAGCUGUACCUUGAUUUUAUAAUGGUCUGAUCAUAGGUUAUAUGUACUGAAACAUUAGUAUUACUUUUUGAUACAUAUAUGAAACAAUUAGAAGUUAGGCUUAUAUUAUGAAUGUUGAAAACUUGUAUGUCUGUAUUAUAAAACUUGUAGAGUUUA